CUAUGUUACUUUUACAUCCCUGUCGAUGCUGCUGCUGCUGCUGCUGCUGCUUGCGCUCGGCUGGCAUCGCCUGAUUUCCGCAUUCCCAAAUCCUCCCAGCCUGGGAUCACGUUUGAAACAAUCGGGCUGAUGCAACGGUUCCCACUUUUUAAAAUCUACGCUCGACCCUCGGCCGAGCAGAAGAAAGGACAUUUGUUGCACCUGGGAUCCAAGUCAGCUGUGGUCACGACCGAGUCUGACGCGAUGCCAGGACAAAUCCCAGAUCCCUCUGUGACAGCAGGCUCCCUGCCCAGCCUGGGCCCGCUGGCCGGGAUCUCAGCCACCACGCUGACUGACAAGCUCAAAUUUAGUGACCUCCAGGAGUUUGGGACGAUGCUCUCACCGCUGCACUUCCUGGACAGUCUGGGAAAAAGGCCCCUAGUCAUCAAAACAGAGAGGGAUGAUGACGGUGAUAGGAGGAAACGAAGGCGAGAGAAGAACAAAGUGGCUGCAGCUCGAUGUCGAAACAAAAAGAAAGAGAGGACAGAUUAUCUACAGCAGGAGUCGGACCGACUAGAGAUGUUGAAUUCUGACCUGAAAGGGCAGAUUGAGGAGCUGAAGCAGGAGCGCCAGCAGCUCAUCCUCCUGCUCAACCGCCACCGGCCCACGUGCAUUGUCAGGACAGAUAGCGUCAAAACCCCGGAGAGCGAGGCGAACCCCCUGCUGCAGCAGCUGGAGGACAAGUGAAGGUGCGACGGGUUCGUGCAGACAGCGGCUGAGAAGAAGCAGCCAACAAGCAGCACUUAGUACCCUGGGCCUCGGCCACGGAGGAGAACCAGCGGAGCCCUCGUACCUUAAAGACACGGAGCGCUGCGGCACAAUAUGAGGAGCCAGUGUGAUUGGAUGUUGUUACGGCAGUUAAAUCAAACUUUUCUACUUCUCCCUCCUUCUUUCCCGUGUUGCUGUCAUUUUGGUCAUCGGCGCCACUGUAAGUGUGAAGUUAAACAAAAACACACAGCACGUUAUCUUACACUCAGCUUGUUGUUUUAUAGCAGAUUCUCUAUUAUAUCUCCUCUUAACUUUAGCCAUUAGCCAGAAUAGAUUCAUCAUAGCCGUUGUCAGACAGGACCUCCGGAGGAUGUCCGGAGAAUUGGGUCCGGACUUUCUCCGCAGUUUGCCUUUCACACAUGAACAACACAGCAGGAGUUUCUCUGCUCGGACGCUCUAACAACAACAACAACAACAACAAAUCUGCAGGUAUUUCUGUGAGGGACGGUGCAGAGGCAGGAUGUAUCAUAUUCAUUCUGCUGCGGAGAUCACGUGUUUUUGUUUACAGCAUAUUGUAGACGGGCGUCUGCUUUCAUCCCGAAGAGCUUUCCACUCUUAUUACACAACUUUUUCAUUUGCAGAUAUCUGUUUUCUUUUAGUAUUUGCGUGUGUAGACUCGUCAUCACAACAACCCCCAGCCGCUCGCGGUGGAUCUCCUGCUGGGAUCUUACAUGUGCUCCUUCAGACUUUCUUCUGACUAUUUACAAAGGGUCAUUCCAGAGAAAGUCCGGAGGCUGUCACUCUGGCAUUAACCUUCUCGAAAACCGCAACUCCUGAGAAUGUCCGGUGGAUCUCUGUCGUUCAGUGCAUGUCUGUAAGCAGUUUAUUUUACACUUUGUGGAGACAGCCAGAAAAAUAAUUGGCUUUUAAAAAAAAUACACGUUAAAUUCCACUCAAUAGUUUCAGUUAAUCAGUUGAUGAUUUAUAAAGAAAUAAUUUACACUAUACACUAUAGUGUAUAACUUUGGCUAAAACUGUGCUGCACUUGAUCUGUUUGCAUGUUGACAAGUUUCAGCCGCAUUUCAAUCCCUUUUAGUUUCCAACAUGGUUUUACUGUUUGUGGGAUCAGGCUACAAAUGGGUUACUGAGGGGUUUCAGUACUUCUCUGUCUGUAUGCUCAUAAUUAUUUUUUCUUGUUUUGGCUUUGUUGAAAUGCAUUCCGGGAAAUUUUAACUAAAAUUCAAUGACACAAAGGCAAACAUGGGGAAAUGGGUAGGCCUUAUAGAUAUAUUAUAUUUUAACUAAAUCAACUUGUUAUAGCUACAGACUGAGUAGUUAGUGUUUUCAUAUCAUUCUAGUUCUUUCAUACAUUUGAAGACAAUUUGAUGGUGAUUGACCCCUCCCCACCCCCCCUUUUAUUCAUAAGUUUUGGCGCAGGCGUCACAUAUAUAUAUAUAAAUAUAUAUAUAUAUGUAUAGAUAUGGACUGUUUACAUUGUACUUUUACAUUCUGUUAUCAUAUUGUUACUACCAAUUAAGUUUUUUAUACUUUUGUAUAUGAUAUAUAUAUGCAUAUAAGCUAUCACAAAAUCUCAGUAUGUAUUUCAUUAAAUAAAUGUUUAGUUUAUUUUUUAAUGGAAAUUUCUUUGAGUCCUACAA